AUGUCGGAGAAGAAAGGUCCUGAGCUACUCGAAGAUCUGGACGGAGCUAUCAAGCUUUACAGCCAUGGAUCAGUCGUCCGAGGCAACAAUUCAUUUCCCUUCGGCUGUGGCUUUUCAGAGCAUGAUAAUUAUAAGCAUGUGGAAUAUAAAGAUGUCGCUUUGGACGAGGAAGUUGGAUUGUGGGUGCGCCUCUAUUUGCCGCCCAAAAUGACGAGCAAAGAGGCCGUACUAUUGUACUACCACGCGGGUGGGUUUUGCCAAUUGAGCCCGGCAACACCCAUCGUGCAUCGCGCAUGCCAGAUGUGGGCGGCCACGCUCGGCGUACUAAUCGUUUCAGUGAAUUACAGGUUGGCUCCCGAGCACCGCCUUCCUUCAGCCUACCACGAUUCCAUUACAGCGCUGCAGUGGCUCCAACUGCAGGCCGUGGCGGCGGAAUCAGCGGAUCCGUGGUUGCGCUCCCACGCCGACUUUUCUAGGGUUUUCCUCGCGGGCGACAGUGCAGGAGGAAACAUUGCGCAUCAUUUGGGCAAGUGGGCGGCUGGGGUAAAGGCGGAGCUCGAAAUCAAGGGACUAAUUUUGCUCUAUCCGUACUUUGGAGGCGAGGAGCGUACGUCAUCGGAGAAGGAGAACUCGCCGGUGUUCAGUUUGGAGCGGUCGGACGCCCUGUGGAGACUUGCCCUGCCUGUGGAAAGCAACAGAGAUCAUCCCUUUUCCAAUCCGAUGAUAGAAGGAGUUGCUGUCUCUGGUAUUGACCUUCCGCCUAUUUUUUUGGUUAUUGGAGGGCGCGAUAUACUGAGAGAUCGACAGAUGCGCUACUGUGAGUUUCUUAAGAAAUGUGGGAAACAAAUCCGUGUGCAUGUGUCGUCGGAGGAAGACCACGGUUUCCUUCUCUCCAAAAUGGAGGAGCCAAGCUCAGUGGCAACUCUCCGCGGCAUCUCUGACUUCAUAAAAUGA